AUGUCACGGCCCUUUGCGCAAUCCGCUGCCAUGGCACCCGGUAGCAGCGGCGCCAACGUCGCAGCACUGUUAAGACAAGCAGUACUAUACCACCUCGACAACAGUGCACACGAGAAUGCGCUCUUCUUCGCCGAAAGACUCGCUGCUCAGGACCCUCGAUCCCCAGAAUCAGCGUUUCUUCUUGCCCUGUGCCAUUUCCGCCUGGGAGACUUCCUGUCUGCGCACGACGCCAGCAAAGACGACCUGAAGGGAGCAGGCCUUAGAAGUUUACAUAUAGGGCGUGCCUACAUAUUCGCUCAGAGUUGCUUGGCACUAGAAAGAUAUCGAGAUGGAGCCAUAGCGUUGGAACGGUGUCGACCGCAAUGGCCACACAAAACCACUUUUGGGAAACACACGGCCUCCACGCGCAGCUUAAUACCUGAUGCUGCCGCGCUCCACUGUCUGCUCGGCAAGCUCUACCAGGGACUUGACGACAAGAAUAGGGCUGUAUCAUGCUUUGAGGACGCACUGAAGCUGAAUCCAUUCAUGUGGGAUGCCUUCACAUCAUUGUGCGACAUGGGUGUUCACAUCAAGGUUCCCAACAUAUUCAAGGUCACUGACAAGCUUGUCCGGUCUCUCGAUUCAGACGAAAAAGUUACGGUCAACGACAAGGAAACUUCCUCAUCAGCUCCUCCAGAGCCGCUGCCGAGAAAGUCAGCUCUGCGCUCAGCCCCCACCGACACGUCGGAUCCCUUCGAUCAACCAAGAGCAGUCGCUUUUCAAGACAGGCAGGCACUCGGGAGUCUCAUAGCCGCUGAGGCCGAGGAAAAUGAGUUUCUUCAGAAGAUUGCAGCCGCUCGCUCUAGGAUGGCAGCUGCUUCAGGAUCAAGCGGAGCGGGUGAUCUCCUAGAUACUCCUCCGGCUCCUUCGGCUCCAGUGGAAAUCAAUGCCGGGCGUGGAGGGACUCAUCCUGAGCCUCCACACGCGCCCAUGCGCAAGACUAGGGCAGCGCAUGCUAUUGAACCAGCCCCUUCAGAUGCGCCGCCAAGGAUGGGAUAUCGUGGCAUCACUAAACGAAGGGCAAAUUUGGAUCCCAACGCAGAGGCCGCUUCAGCCACGGAACAGGCAACUUCCCAGAUGCUCAGAACCUCAGCUUCAUCACUGCUGGGAGCUGAACAGCGGAAGCGAACCAUAUCUGGGCAUCCGGUCCAAUCCAGGCCAGGUGUUACUGAAGAACCCGGAGCACCACAGAGGAGAAGUGCUCGGCUCAACAUGUUCAAGCAGCCAUCUACCGCCAAGCCGAGCGCUACAACUGCUUCCAUUAGCACCGCAUCUACGAGGGAAAUGAAGAAAGCCAGACCAGCCAUCUCGAGAAUUAUGCGCCCAGGGAGUAGCGGUUCCAGUGUUGGGAGGGUUGUGAGCGGGAACCGGAAGCCAGUGGAGGAAAACACCAUGGAUGUUGAUCAUGCCGAGCCCCCGAAGAUGAGAGAUGCCGUGCAACCACCUCUAGGACCCACAAAGCCACUGGAAGUGGACGGCCACAGCACAGCAAGGUUAGAAGAAGCCUUGCGGCUGCUGAUGGAUCUUCUCAAACGCCUGGGAACGGGAUAUCUGGCUCUGUCGCAGUACCAGUGCAGCGAAGCUGUGCAAGCUUUUAGCACAAUACCGCGAGCUCAUGUUGACACCCCAUGGGUUCUGGCUCACAUCGGGCGCGCUCAGUAUGAACAGACUAAGUAUGCUGAAGCAGAGGCCUCCUUCAAGCGCUUGAGAACAUUGGCGCCCAAUCGGUUGGAAGACAUGGAGGUCUAUUCCACAGUACUUUGGCACCUGAAGAAGGAAACUGAGGCAUCAUUUCUGGCGCACGAGCUUGUCGACAUAGCGUGGCAUUCACCGCACGCCUGGUGCGCCCUCGGAAAUGCAUGGUCACUGGCAUCAGACCGUGAACAAGCGUUGCGGUGCUUCAAGCGUGCCACGCAACUCGACGCAAAGUUCGCGUAUGCCUAUACACUUCAAGGACAUGAGCACUUUGUUAGUGAAGAAUACGAUAAGGCGUUGGCAUCGUACCGGCACGCCAUCGCUGCAGACAAGCGACAUUACAAUGCCUACUAUGGCAUCGGAAGAGUGUACGAGAAGCUUGGCAACUAUGACAAGGCAUACACCCACUUCCAUGCGGCCUCGGUGAUUCACCCGACCAACGCGGUCCUGAUAUGCUGCAUCGGUACGGCGUUGGAAAAGCAAAAGCAAGUUGUGCAGGCCCUGCAGUUUUUCACGAAGGCGACUGAACUGGCACCGCGGGCAGCACAAACACGUUUCAUGAAAGCGCGUGCCCUUUUGGCAUUGGGACAACUACAUGAGGCGCAGAAAGAGCUCAUGAUUCUGAAGGACCUCGCACCGGACGAGGCGACUGUGCAUUUCCUACUUGGAAAGCUCUACAAAACACUUAACGACAAGAACACGGCGGUCCAUCACUUUACGAUUGCACUGAGUUUGGACCCCAAGGCCAGCCAAUUGAUCAAAAAGGCCAUAGAAAGUCUCGAGGAUGAUGAAUGUUAUGACGACUCCAUGGUGCAAUGA